AUGCAUGUUCUAAACUUGACAUUUUUUAUUGUUACGUUUGUGGGAUGCUUUCGACCGCUAUCGUGGACAUCAUUGUUUAAACGUGCUGUUUACAAUCUCUACAGAUUAUUUAUAAUUAUCAUUUUAUAUACUUUUGCAUUUUUACAAUUUAUGGAUAUCGUUCUGAACGUUGACAAUCCCGAUGACUUCACUAACAAUCUGUAUAUGAUGUUAAAUGUAUCCGUUUCGGGAUACAAGUUAUUGAUCAUGUGGAUUAACUAUACGAACGUUGCAACAUUAAUCAACAAACUUAACGAAGAGCCAUUUAAACCAAUGGAUUCAGGCGAACUGGAAAUUCGUCGGAAAUUUGAUAAAUUAAUACGGAUGAACACGUUACGUUAUACGAUCUUAAUCGAGACAUCAUGGUCAUGUUCCGGCUUGACGUCAUUGCUCGCCGAUUUUAGGCAUAGAAGAUUAACAUAUAGAGAAUGGGUACCAUACGAUUAUUCGUCUUACAUGGUAUUUUGUGUUACGUAUGCUCAUCAAUUUCUAAGUACAUUCUAUUACGCUACUGUGAAUGUCGCUUGCGAUACUCUCAUAUGCGGCCUGUUAAUGCACGUAUGCUGCCAAAUCGAGAUCUUGGAGUAUCGCAUAAAAAAACUCGUGAACAAGCAAGAUACUCUGGGCUACUGUAUACGUCAUCACAACAGUAUUUUUGAUUUUGCGAGUUUAAUAAAUGAAAGAUUCUCGCAAAUAAUCGGAUUCCAAUUUAUAACGAGUACAUUGAUAAUAUUUUCCAAUUUGUUUCAACUGAGCAAGUCGUCAAUGAGCGCAGACAAUGUUGCGUUAAUCCUAUAUACAUGCUGCAUGUUGACACAAAUAUUUAUUUAUUGCUGGUUUGGAAACCAAGUCAAAUCAAAGAGCGUUCAACUAGCGGAUAGUGUUUUUCAAGUGGAAUGGCCAAUGCUAAGUAAUAGCCUUAAAAAGGAUCUUCUUAUAAUUAUGAAACGCGCGAUAACCCUACCUAUUGAGUUUACUACUGCACAUAUCAUUAGCUUGAAUUUAGACUCUUUUGUAGCGUUGCUUAAAACAUCAUACUCUGCUUAUAAUUUAUUAGUACAAGUACAAGAAGAAGAAGAAUAA